CGUGGGAGGAGUGAACAGCUGGAUCCACUGAAGUGUCUCGUGGCAGCUGGGAGACUGAACACGAGCUUCAAACGGACGCUUUACGGGACGCCGGCUGCAGCACCGGCAUAAAGGACACUUUUGUCCUGCCACUGUUCCAACAGCCAUUCUCUAUCUUCAGGGAAAUGAUUCUGUCACCAGCAAAUAAAUGUUAUUAAUACUUGAGUGGAUUUCGUCUGGCUGGCUAAAGAGGAAAAAGAGGAAAAGACAGUUAAAGGUGCUGGAAGAUGUCUCUGUGGAUGAUCCUGCCUGUCAGCCUCCCGGUUCUGAGCAUCACUGGGAUAUGGGUGGUGUAUGCAAUGGCCCUGUACAACCAGCAUGUCUGCCCUGUGGAUAACUGGUUGUACAACCAGUCAUGUGAAGAGAAGCUGUAUUUGCAGAGUGGGCCCUCCUUUUGCUGCACACUAGACAAUAUACCUCUCAUCAGUAAAUGUGGGACCUUUCCCCCCGAGAGCUGCUUCUUCAGCCUUAUCUGCAGCAUGGGCUCCUUCAUGGUUAUGGUGAUUGUGCUGCUCCGCUAUGCCCAAGUCAUUGAGAAGCACCAGAACUGUGUCCUCAAUAUGGCAAGUCUUUCCACGGGCUGGAUCUGUGCGGCUGGACUCAUCAUGGUUGGAAACUUCCAGGUGGAUAAUGCCAAAGUUCUCCACUAUGUCGGAGCGGGCAUCGCCUUUCCCACCAGCAUGCUGUUUGUGAGCCUGCAGUCGGCGCUGACGUACAGACUGGCCAAAACACAGGGAGAGUACUACAUGGCCCACCUCCGACUCUUCAUGACCUUUUUGGCCUUCAUAGCUUUGGUGCUGAGUGGUGUGUUCUUCUGUCAGGAGAGCUUCGUCCUGCAGCACGCCUCUGCCAUCUUCGAGUGGGUGUUCUGUGUUAUCACCAUGCUGUUUUACGGGACGUUUGCCUUUGAGUUUGCCAGCAUGUCUGAGGAUGCCAUGAUGGUGCUAGCCAGGGGAGGCUCCCUGGGAUCUGCUGUUAGGGAACACAAGAUGGACUCACUGGGAGUUUUAGGAGGACCUGCCUCACAUCCACACCCAACGGAGAACCUGACCAUGCUGUAGCCACACAGCACCCGCAGACGCCGCCCGCUCACUUCGUUUGUUACUACUUACAAGAGCCGGCUGAGCUGCAUGGUUGUAGUUAUUCAUUUCUGUUCAUCGGGAAGUCUGGAAACAAAAGCAAGCCAGUCCAGCAGGUGGGUCUAUGCUGUACUCACAUCAGGAUUUAAGCCUAAAAAAAAUGAACUUUGCAUUUUUGCACAUUGCGCAUUUGUGACACCAAAUUAUUCAACUCAAUCCUGUCAAACACCAGCAGAGGAUGAAGGGUCAAUAAGAUGGAAAAAGGACAAACUGUUUGUAGCCACAAUGUUUCCACUGAAGAGAUGAGGCUGCUGGACAGCCCAGAGGUCAGACGCUCUGUUGAGAAAGAAAGGCAGGGAUGUUGUAGGCAAACUUUCAAACAAAAAAAUGAAAAGAUUUGAUCUAUUUUGCUGACGGAAGAGAGUCAUCAUCAUCAUCAUCAUUUUUGCUCAGUUAAGCUGUAUUUGUAAAAACUGUUCUGAGUGUUGGAGCUCUAGUUUAUGCAUUAUUCUAUGAGUCGCCUUCAAGCCAAAGAUAAAAGGAUGGCAAAGCUAAAGUCCCUGAAUAUGUUUUUGGAAAUUAGUCAUAAUGUGCCUUAAUGAUGUUCAGUUAGAUGGGUUACACCUUCUAAAAAAGUGUCCAAUUUUUUUGUAUUUUGUGUUGUAUUUUUUUCAAAGUGCAUCCAGACUCAGCAGCCAAACUGGUGCCUUUAUAUGCUGAAAUAUUUCAAAUACGUCUUUUUGUGUGUGAGGAGCACUGCCGUUAACCUUCAAAUAUUGGAUUUGACUUCCCGUUUGAAGAAUGAUAGCAAAAAGGAGUGACCAGAGGCCAAAUACAUUCUGGCUAAUUCAUGCCAGACGUCUGAGUUUAUUGAGUUUAGUGAUAAGACGUUGCACGUGUUGCACAGGUCUCCAUGAAGAAGCUGCGCAUCUCAUUAUUUCCCAUCAAACAGGAAGUGAAUGUGAAUUUUUUAAAGGCAAUUUUUGAAAGUUUCCGUUACCGGAGUAGGAUUUUUCCCCCCACAAAUCUGGCUGGUAUAGCAGUAUGUUCUUGGGUAACAUUUACAUGUGGUGAAGAAAAAGCAAUAAACCUUUUUGUUGUAACUUCUGAUGAUUAUAGAUGUAUGUGCAAGAAGAGUUUACCACUGGUUGCUGUAAGCUGGAGAUCUCUGCAAGUUAUUGUAAACAAUUUGUGCCUUAUUAAAACUCUAAUUCUAAUUCUAAAUAACUAAAUUUCUUGCAUUUUGGCCACCAAAAUUGAGCACACUAUACGUUAGGCUAGAAAAUUCCCGACAGCUACCAAAUCUGUCGCAGAAGCUCCACUGUGUAUACAGUUAUGCAUGUGGCUUUUUUCUCAGGCGCAUGCUUUCAACAAAAACAAGAGUUUUUUGGAAAGAACUGAAAGGCAGAAACAAGUGCACUGGUCGCCUGCUGCCCUCUAGUGGUCAAAUAGAAUAUUACACAACAAACAAAGGUGACUGCAGCUCAGGUCACAGGUGGGGUUAAGAAUUACAAAUGCUUUUGUUUGCAGUCAUAUAUAAGAAUCAUUAUAUAUGUUUAUAGUUUAUAUCGCCACCUUCACAAUCUCUACAUAUUUUAAAUAUCAAGCCAAACAAUGGUGCUGUCGCUGCUGUUUUAUUUGGAUUUUAAUAUGGCAAAAGUUACUUUUUUUUUGUUUUCUGGCUUUUUUGCUUGACAGAAGUUACUUUCAAGCUAUUCACAUUCUGCGUGUUUUUCUUUUUAUACAAAUAUUGGUUUUAAGGUAGUGCCUCCACUUUCUGUCUUUAAUUUAAUGUUUGAUCUUUGCACUCAGGAAAGUGUUCUAAAACCAGCUUGUACUUUGUGGUCCACAUCAGAGGGAAAUGUGUCUGUAAAUGCCAUCUGCUGUGUUCAUUGAAACAACUCAUGUUGAACUGUUUUUUUCUGUUGCAUCAUAGGUGUUACCCAUGAUUCUUUUUGUCACCUGAACCCUAUAAAAACCAAAACAAACUGAAACCUUGUGGUUUUAAAGCAACAGUAUGCCGCUCAUACAAAUGUGGUUGAACAUCGGUCAGCAAAUCUUGAACACGGACAAACUAACCUGCACGUGGAGGUCUUGCGAAAUAACAAAUUGGUAGCCCAUUUGUAAAUCAAUAAGUGUCCCUGUGCCUUAAAUAUUCUAAAAUAGCCAAAGAGGAAAAUGUUUUGAAUUCUAUUUUGUUGUAAAGUCACAUUUAUAUACUGUUCAAUAAAAGAUUUUGGAAAAUA